AUGGCUUCACUUUCUUUUGUUAACGAGGAGGAAAUUGUGCCUACCUCUAAGGCGCCUUCCACCAUCGUCAGUGAAAAACUAUUAGAAAAAUUGCUCGGUGAUAUAAGUGACACUGAUAUUUUGGAAAUAAAAGAUUCUGAAAUCGUAGACGAUCCUAUCACCUCCUCAUCAUUGAAUACAACCACAGUCGUCGAGGAGAAUGGAUUCGUGCGUGAAGUUUUAGAAAAAGGAAUGGAUCUACACGAGUAUGCUCAAAAUAUUGAGGCAGAGUUGUAUGCUGUUGAGCGGGAUCAUGAAUCCGAGUAUGUUAAUCAAACUCGAAAUUUCGUGGAUUUGCAUGAUGAAAUUCAGAAGAUGGAAAAUAUGCUUUCUGUAUUUCAAAUGGAUUUAGGAAACAUAAGUUCCGAAAUUCAGUCGUUGCAAGAAAAAUCUUUAACCAUGAAUAUCAAGCUCAAGAAUAGAACUGCGGUAGAAGAGCAAUUAAGUUCUGUAUUAGAUGGAAUUGUUAUUCCGCCACCAAUGAUAAAGAAAAUUACCGAAGGUGAUGUUGAUGAAACAUGGCUUGCGUAUUUGACCGAGCUUAACAGGAAAAUGAUAUACGUGACCAAAAAUCAAGAUAAAGAAUUCGUAGCUUUUAAAGACGUUGGACCCGAAUUGGAAAAGUUAAGACUAAAGGCAGCCGAAAAAAUUCGUGAUUUUCUUUUGAAGAAAAUAAAAUCACUACGAAUACCGAAUACAAAUGUACAAAUUCUACAACAAUCAGUAUUUUUAAAGUAUAAAGAGUUGCAUCGGUUUGUGAUGGAACGAUACCCUGAAGUUGCUAUCGAGAUUCGCCAGACUUACGUAAAUACUAUGAAAUGGUAUUUUUAUAAUCAUUUUGAACGGUAUAAUCGUGGACUGCAGAGUCUUCAGAGUCCGAUCGGUGAUAAAUUGGAUUUAAUGGGUUAUGAUGAAAAUGUCAAAAAAGGCGGGCUCUUUAGCACGACUAGAAUCGCCUUACAGGACAAAACUAGUAUCUUCGCAUUAGGUGAUAGAAUAGACACACUACGCGGUCAGGAUGCUGGUGUUAUACUUGUUCACGUAGCUGAAAAUAAAAAUCUGAAAUAUCCCGUAGAAGCACUUUUCAGAAGUUUUAAUCUAACAUUUAUAGAUAAUGCUAGCUCGGAAUAUCUUUUUCUUUUAGAAUUUUUUGCAAAAGAUGAUAAACCGGCAGUAGAUAUCACACGAGAUUUGUUUGCCGAAAUUUUUGAUUCGACAAUAAAAUUGGGCUUGGCCACAGCCAAAGAGAACGUCGAGCACAGCUACGAUGUAGUUGGAAUUCUGUUAUGCAUCCGUUUGAAUACGCAAUUCGCAUUAGAAUUGCAACGACGACGAGUACCAUCAUUAGAGAGUUACACCAACCAAAUAAAUAUGUUACUUUGGCCCAGGUUAAAGACAAUAAUGGAUAGGCAUAUUGAAAGUGUGAAGAAGGCUAAGAAUAAGCUCGUUGCUCGAGAUGUUCAUCCUCAUUAUAUUUCACGUCGGUACGCUGAAUUUGCGGCUUCGAUAUUGACAUUAAAUGACGAAUACAAUGAUCCACCGCUUAAAAACAGCUUAACGCGACUACAAAGCGAAUUCACGGCAUUACUUAAUAAAAUGUCGUUAGAAUUCGAAGACCGCAAAAACCGAUACAUUUUCUUGAUAAAUAACUAUGAUUUAGUGAUUACUAUUUUGAGUGAAAAUGGAGGAAAGUCAUUAGAACCCGAAAUUGAUUACUUUAAAGAAUUGUUGAAUUCAAAGAUUUCUGGGUAUGUCGAAGAAGAGCUGCACCCUUAUUUUGGCGGAUUGAUCACGUUUGUGAAAAAAGCUCAGGAAAUUAAAGAUGUUGGUACUGUUAGUUUAGAAUCUUUCGACAAAAUCUCUUUGGAUUUUUCAAAUACGUGGCGACAAUCAAUCACUGCCAUCAACGCAUCGGUCAUUCAAAAUUUCUCCAAUUUCACAAACGGUACUUUUAUACUGCAUGCGGUUCUCGGACAACUGAUUAUUUAUUACACCCAGUUCUUUAAUUAUUUGGAAGCACGAAUUCAAAAGGAUGAUGAUAGAGGUGGAAGUGGAGGUAAUAGUAAUGGAGGCAGCAAUGGUCGUAUGAUGAUGAAGUUGAGGCACCAACCUGUUGAUGUACAGACUGUCACUGCAGAAAUUAAGCGGUUUAGGAGUAAUUUUUGA